GUAGUCAAAACAAAGCGUGCACCGGCGGACGCACGGAAGUGGUUUUGUCUUCGCUAAACAACAUCAAGCAGCGAGAAACGAGAGCUGCGAUGGUUUUUAAAUACAGUUAGCUUGUGUUUCAUUCAUAAUAACACGUUUUUAGUCACGUUGUAUCAUUUUGGAAGUUUCCUGAGGUGAUCGAAGGAGAGCUAGCUUACCCGUGUGCACCAUGCCGCCCUACUCAGAGAUGAGAAAAAGCAAUCGCUUCUACUACUUCAUCAAAUUCACCCUAAACGUAUACUCCAUGCUGUUUUCGCUGAUGGGUCUGUGUGUGCUGUGCGUGGGGGUAUAUGCCGAGGUGGAAAGGCAGAAGAACCGGACCCUGGAGGGGCUGUUCCUGGCCCCUGCUGUGGUGCUCAUUCUCCUGGGGCUAGUCAUGUUCACCGUUUCUGUGGUGGGCAUGGUGGGAUCGCUGCGGGACAACAAGACUCUACUGCACAUGUUUCUCUGUGUUCUUUGCGUGUUGCUGCUCCUCCAGGCAGUCGCUCUCACCACAGCUCUCAUCUUUGAGAAAAAGACGUCUGCCUUAUUUCAAAGCAGUAUACGAGAAGGCAUUAAACACUACUACGACGAUCUGGACUUCAAAAACAUCCUGGAUUAUGUGCAGCAAAAGUUUUCCUGUUGUGGAGGCGAUGAGUACAAAGACUGGGGAGUGAAUCAGUACCACUUCUGUAAUGGCACUGGUCCAUUGGCCUGUGGGGUUCCUUAUACAUGCUGCGUCAGACGGAAAGUGGGAGAGGUCAUCAAUACACUCUGCGGAUACAGGACACUGGAUCAGCAGAGGGAGACUCUACAUGAGGUGAUCCAUGUGCGCGGCUGUAUCCAUGCGGUCAAUCUAUGGAUGAGCGACAACAUCGGCAUCACCAUCGCCUUGUGCUGCGCCAUCGGACUGCCUCAGCUCCUGGGCAUCAUCCUAAGCUGUGUCUUCUGGAACCUGCUUGUGGACAUGAGCCAGUCAGCCGACAUGGUGGAUUUCAAGCUCAAGAAGUCUGAGUUUAACUACAGUGAGCUGGACCUGGCUGGCGCAGGAUGGUGCAUGUGCCUGCCCCGGGAUGAAGGGUACCUGCCUGUGCCUGCCUCUGAGCCUGAGCUGGACCCCAUCGACAUCCACCUGGAGAAGCUCAAGAAGCAGCAGCCGCGCACCCACUCCCAGCUCCGCGAAAUGCAACGGUCAGCAUCAGGGCUGGACGAGGUGGACAAGGGCCGCAAGCAGAAACGAGAACACUGAGGAGCCAAAAACAUGGAGAGAGAUUUUUGUAAACGUGUAUUUUAAUCUGGUGAAUUUACGUCUCUGUCUACACAUUGGAGCCACAUAGACUGCAUUCACGUUGUAGAAUUUGAUGAUGUCAUGAUUUCAGAUGGAGGGCGGGGCUUGUAUAACUCACAUAACAAGCACAUCUUUGGGGCUGAAUAGUGUAAACACUUUCAGAACCUAUUGUGUAAAAAUAAUUACACUUUUGUUUAUUUAUGCUGACAGAGAAGAGGAUGAACGUUGUCCCAGGGUUUAGGCUCAGUUAUAUAUUAACCACAAGCCAUGUCAACAAAUUUGCAAUCUGACAGCUGAACAGUAAAUAACACCACAGAAUUCUGACCUGCUCUACAGCUCACUAUUAAACUAUACAAAUCCUAUAAUGUUGUGAUUACACAUAAACACAACUUAAAAGUGAAAAUGCAGAUUUUUGUUGUAAUACAGUGAGUUCUUAUGAAAAAGGUAAAUAUACAAUUGUUUACCCUGAUUUUUCCAUUAUUGAUAUUUCAUGGCAAAGUAAAAUCUUAUCUGGAAAAACUGGCUCUUGCCCCCAUCUGGGAGUAUGAUAUCAUCACAUUCAAGAAUUGAAAACCACCAAUAACCAUCAAAAAUCAAUAACAAUAUGUGGACGCGAUGUAAAACCUUAUAAAGUAUGCGUUGUUAAAAACAAUAAUUUCACCCUUUUCUUGCCUUUUGGGUUUGGCCUUUUGUCACUGUAAUCAUGUGUUGAAGUUGUGUUGCACUACAUAUAGGUCUAUGAAGUCUGAGAUAAUCUAGUUGGCAUUCGGGAUCAAGUGUGGCACUUUGUAUAGACAUGUUUACAAGAUUUUAGUGUUUAUUUUGUCUUGUGAUGGUUGGUAUGGAUUCAUCUCUGGUCCUUUAUCAUUUUGUAUUUUUUAGCCCUUAAAUUGAAGCUCAUGUCUCAUGUGCUAAAGCUUACCUCAGGCUGUUUUGAUGGCCCACUAGUACGAGGAGAUUUGCUGUAUACAUUAAAAGUAGCUUGAAAAGUUUUCCAGUGGUUGAAAAAAUAGUGACUAGUGAAGGACGUGUACAGUUUGUGGAUUUUUAUUUUAUUGUUUUGAUAUGAUUUUGUGUAGAGAUGCAACUAUGUUGAUAUAAUAAAGUGGACUCAUUUGUACAGCCUUAAUGGUUCAAUAUGCGUAUGUGAUUUGAAUAAGCUACAAUUUGUUCUCUUCAAUUUAAGCUUUUUAUGUAUUUGUCAUUCCAUGCUCAGGGAAUAGGAAACCAUUACAUAUAAGUUGAUAUUUACUACAGCGUUUGAAAUAUUGCUUAUUGCUUUUUUCUCAGGUCAGCGUAAAAGCUCAUUUUUUGUCAUAUCAAUUAAUUGCAUCAAUGACCAAUGACCCACUGUGGUUUGUGUACACAUUUGAAUUAACAAUUAUGUUUCUAUUGCUUUUUCCAUUGGCCAAAAUAUUCGCACAGCAACAGAUUUUUAUACUGGAUGCCCUUCCUUUCGCAAUGAGCCACACUAAUGUGACUGGAGUGGGUGUGUGAACAAAUAAGUAAGAUUUUUUAAAAAUGAGCCAAACUGUACAAACCAAAUGCAUAUUGAACCUUAAGACUCUAGUUGUUUUGUUGCAUCUCUGACUUUGUGCAUACAGUGUACAUUGUAAGACUGAUAGUCGUGGACAAACAUGGGAUGCAUGUUUUGUACCGUAUAUGAUAUGAUAAAGUUUACAUGUUUAGGCUGUUCUCGUGGAAGGGGGCUUCAGUGGACACUUGUGAUUCCUUCCAUAGUGACCUCAAAGUUACAUGAGGAGGUGCGAAGAGCGAGCUGCCCGUUGAGUGAACACGACGCUAUGAUGGUUUUAUACCUGAGUUCUGCACAGUACGAGCUUCCCCUGGCUCCUGCCUUUAUCAGCACUACUCUACUACUGUCAAUAAAGCUGACUUUGUUUUUACGGA